UCCCACUAAAUUCGGAAUAAUUGUGGUGGGUCAGCCCAAGUGUCGCAUUCAUAAAAUCCCAACUGGACAGUUCUUGGGGAGUAAAAUGACCCAGAGGAAAGGAGGCGCCCAGUCGGUGGUCCAGACGGUGCCUGGCGACGUGGUCAUGUGGGUCGCCGACAGCUGUUCGGAUUUUGAGAUUUAUCAGCUUGAUCAGUUGGGAUCAGUGCAAAAAGCAAAGUUGCGAAGUGCGAUGGAAUGUAUUCCGAGACGAGCAGUUGCGUAUCCUGUAACAAAAGACGGUCUCCACGUGCUCGGCAGUCCCUCUUGGUCCAACUCUAAAACUCAAACAGAUCUUGAAGAGCGGAAAUCCAAAAGUGGCGGAGACUUGAAUGAACUGCAGCUGACGCCUGUAGAAUUCACUACCUGGACUAACACAUGUGCCCUGCUGGUGGACGAGGGCAACUCUGGUCACGUGGUGCGGGUGUCGAGGGGGGAGGGGUUCCAGCCGCACGUGGUCACUGUACAGAAGGGUUCCUCUGUCUAUUGGGUGUGGGACGACGGGUGCAAUAAGCAUAAUGUGUUCAGAGUCGAACCUCCUGAUGACAAGAAAUGUGUAGUUGGGGUCAAUGGGGAGUUGGGGUUCUCCAGUGGGGCUCCAAUAGGACAGAGGGGGGCAUUUCUGCACUCAUUCUACAGGGCCGGCAUCUUUCAUGUUUCUUCAGAAGGCUGUCCCCAACACACCUGUGUCAUCAAUGUACUCGACACUGAAAAAGAAGCGCCUGUUCCCUACUUGAGUGGCGGAAGUGACCAAGCAGGUGUAAAAGGGGAUUAUGAGGAUGAUGAUGGGGAUGACAUGGAUGGGAGCAUCAGCGGUGCAGUUGGGGGGAGAGUGAUAGUAGUGGCAGUGGGACACAGAGUAUAUCUGAAGACCACCAAUCGGAAAAAUAGACACAAAAAGCACCCUAGAAAUGAGGGGGGAGCUGAUGUCGAGAUGGGGGAGGGGGAGAGGGAGGUAGAAAAAGAAGACGAAGAAGAAGGAGAGGAAGACACUUUCAUUCUGUAUACUCUGGAUGGAACCAAGCCAUGCUUCACAACUGGCAUCAAGCUCUACAGACAACAGAAGGGCGUUUUGUUUGAGAGAGUGGGCUUCCACGUGAUCAGGGCAGUAGCUGUGAAGAAGGGAGUGCUCGAUAGCAAACAGUUCAUCUCAAACACUUUCCAAGUUGUGAGCAAAAAACCUCUUCCUCAUCCCUCGUCUUCUUCUGCAUUGAUGACGUCAUCAGGGCAAGAGGAGGGGGAGGGUGGGGGUAGUGGAGAAAGAGGAGUGGAACAGAAGUGGGAGCAAGUGUCACUCGACAUCGUCCUCACAGAUUUGCACAAUGGCAGUGUCCAAGUAUCCUGGUCUGUCGAGCCCCCCAAUGCCAAACAGUUCAUCUUCUGUUACCAACUCUAUAUUGAUGGCCACAGCUACUGUGCCCCCUUCAACCGGGUCACGAGGUCAUGUCGCCUGGUGGGGCUAGAAGGAGGGGUCAGCUACGGGGUCAAAGUGGCUGCAACUCCAACAGCACAACACUUGACCCCCAAGUAUUCUCAGACCAAGCUAUUCAGCUGCGACCGUGAAGCUAACACAGGGUCACCCUUAAUCUCAAUCGAAGUCUCUGCAACCAAACCGGACUCUUUCUCGGUUAUCUGGCCUUCGACACUUCAAGCGGGCGUAGAACACUUUUCACUCCUUGUAGACGGUAUACUUUGUGGGGAUCCAAUUUUACCCGACUUAAAAUCCUCUCGCUAUAAGGCGUCCUUGGUCGACUGUGUGCUCAACGAGACCAUCCGAGUUGUAUUGGCGACUAAAUUCGUCGUAACCGAGAAGCCGAUUUUGUCGAACGAAGUUAAAGUCGCGCUGCCAUUAGACACGAGUCUCUUUUCGGCAGCAGGAGGAAAAAGUGGUGGAAAAGAUUUGGAAGUCGGAUUUGAUAACUUGACUUUUAUAACAGUGAAGCACGGACACAAAGUUGAAGACCGCCUCAUUGCAUCUCGUGCAGAAGAAGAAAGAAGCAGUAGAAGCAGUGUCUGUAGUGAAGAGACAGUCAAAUCCUCAUCAUCGCCAACUGCUGCUAUCGACACAUUAGCUAAGGAAGAAGAAGAAAACAACGAAGAAGAAAAAGAAGAAGAAAAAGAAGACGAAAAAGAAUUAGACAGAAAAGAAGAACGAAGCAGUCCAGAGCAGGAAAAGGAGGAGGAAAAAGAUCAGAUAGAAAAGGAGGGAGAUAAAAACUCCCAACCGAACCCAGAUCGACCCAAAACCCCCGAACAGCUUGCUGCCGAACAAGCAGAGCCCGAAGUCCAAUCUGAAGCAUCUGGUCUAGAAACCGAAAACGAACUCAUUGUCUAUGAGGCCGAAUUGAUCAGAGUAGCCAAAACACUGACGGAUUUGGUUCUCAAUUCAGCUUUAAGUGAAGUUGAAAAGGAAGAAGACGAAAAAGAAGAAGAAGACGAAAAAGAAGAAGAAGAAGAAGAAGAAAAAGAAGACGAAAAAGAAGAAGACGAAAAAGAAGAAGAAUUCGAAAAGAAGAAUAUUAGAGAAGUUGAGUUGAAAGUGGAAGAGAGUGUCGAAAGAGGAGUGAAAAAAAGAGCUGUUGAAGAGAGUGGCGACAAGAUGAUGGGCUUCGGGUGGGAGGAGGAGAAAUCACAAGAAGGUGAGGGGGAGGAGAGGAGUGGAAGGAUCUCGGAUGAAAAUGAAGGGCAAUUCUACGAAGACGAAGAUGAAGAAGAGGGUGACAAAGAUAUUCAGAUUUUACCUGUUGAGGUUGCCGAGAGUAAUGACCACGCCCAGUUAAAGGAGGAGGAGGAGGGGGAAGGGUAUGUGGCAGUUGAAAAUGAAGCGCAUUCUAGAGCAUCCGAAGAAUCAGUUGCAGCAUUGAAAAAGCAGAAGCCAAAAUUGAAUUUGGUGAGAGAAUCAGAAGAGGGACUACUGUUCCACUUGAACAUCCCCCAGAUACAGACACAGACUGUUCCGAUCACAGGUGUAUUAGUGGGGGUGGAGGAUGAGGAGGUCGUGUUCUCCGUAGAGGGACUCCACUUUCCACCCAACUACAACAGUCACUUCACAUCAACCACUGGCAGUGGCGGUGACCACGUUGAAAGUGGGGGGAGGAAGCAACAGCAGACGCGUCACAAUUGGCAGGUGUCCCCCCGUGGCGGGGUCUCAGAGUUACUUAUUCCUCCUCUCCUUCCGCGCUGCACCUACACUUUUUCUGUCUCCGUCAGAAUCAGACUAAAGAGAUCAUCACAACUAAUGCAUCACAAACAGAACCCAACUGGGACUGGAGAGAAAAGAGAAGAAAAAGAAGAGGAAGAGGAGGAGGGGGUUGUUCUGUGGUCUGACAAGGUGACUCACACCACUCUGGGACCCCCUGAGGCACUCAACCUGUCAAUCAAAUCGACCGACUUGCAGGAGGCGACUGUGCAAUGGACUGUGUCGACCUCUGCAUCAUCAGCAUCAGGCGCAGAUGGAGAUAGUAUGCAUGAACAGCAACAGAGAGAGACUGAUGGUUUCUCUCUUUUCGUCAAUGGGACACUUCAUACAACACUACCCCCAAACGCCAGACAAGUAACAUUGACGGACCUCAAACCAGGCAUGAGACAUGUUGUCACGAUCCAAAUGCUGACCAGCCACUUUGUCGGAAACAGCCCACAAUCCCACCCGGUCACCAUUCGGACCCCGCGAGAGCCCCCCGCUCCCUCUGUAUCUAUCCGGGAGGAGUCGCAACUGGGUCACGUGACUGUCACAUGGCCAGCGGAGGAUGGAAAUAAGGAGACGUGGGAGUCGCCCACUUGUUACAUGGUUUAUGUGGGCGUGGCUUCUUCUAGUCCCCCCAACAACACCGGGGUGAUGCAUGGGAGGGUGGGGGUGAAUGAUCUCAAGAGAGAUCCCACUGGGAAGAUGUUCGAAUACCCCAUUCGCAAUUUGAAGAUCGGAGACACGUACAAUGUGUUUGUGCAAUGCGAGUGUGGGACAAGUGUAGUGGAACCUUAUGGCGUGUCGGCCACCUGCCCUAUCCGAUCCCAACUGUCCCCCCUCUCCCAAGUGACCCCCUCCGCCCCUCCCCUCUCCCCCCGACUGACUGUGGCCGGCAUGGACAACAGAGGCAUUGAUCUGGAGUGGGAGCCAGCAACCACAGUGGGGAAUGCACUAGUUUCGGGCUACGUGUUAGUGCGCGAAGACAGGGAAAAGAGUGAGUUCAGCCCCCUAAUGGGUGGGGAGUGUCUGAGUUACAGGAUGGAGGACGUGUUGUUGGGGGAGACGGUGAGUGUGCGCCUGAUUGCACUCACUGACCAUCCGGUGGGACAACAACAACAACAACUCAAUCACACACCGCCACAAUUACUCAUCGACACAACAAACAGUGACAUUGAGAUCAACAACAACAAUGAAAACAACUACAAAAUACAUGGUUCCUCUUCUGGCUCUGAGUCAGUUCAAGGUCAUCUUAAUUCACAACCAGCGACUGCGUCAUCAGCAUCUGGCACCACUGCGGGUAUUAGCAGAAACAGUAGAAGUAGCCAGAGUGGAUCCAGUGCUGUAGUGCUGCCCACUCAUAUUGGCUGUAUAGCUGGACCCAAGCUGAUAGUGGACUACUGUGAUAUGGUCAGACCCCCAGUGGAUCUGGAGGCAGUCCAGGUGUCUGCCACUUUUGCACAUAUCACUUGGAACACAAUCCAAGCAGAGAGUCUUGACAGAGGAGGGGAAGAGAGGAAGACGAGUGGGAGGGGGUACUGUGACCCGGAACACUUCAUGGUGUAUGUGAGUGACCGGAGGGGGAAAGAAGUGAGGACUUUCCAGACCACAGACACUCACAUCACCAUAGAGUGUCUCAAACCCUCGCAACAGUAUGUGGUGUUCGUGGAGAGUCGUCGGAUGCAGUCGUACACGAGUAGAGACAAGUGGGGGAGUAGAGAGCAGGGCCACUUCCUCGUGUCACACAAGAGUGAGCCCCCUCUGUUGUUGCGCACGGGGGCGGAGCCGAGGGCGGUGGAGGGGCUGAGGGUGGGGACAGUGACAGACACUAGUGUGGAUGUGAAGUGGAAUCUACCAGACACAAAUGGGUUCACUAUUCUGGCCAUUUGGCUCUCAGUAGAGAAAUUGUCACCUGAUCAAGAUCACUCUGAUGACCCCCCGAGUGGGAGGGGGGAGCAGGGGGGACGUAAAGGGGGCACUGCCUCCAGCCUCAGCAGACGAAGCGAGUCCUCUCUGUGGUUCAGAAUAGAGUUCGACGAAGUGAUCAACCACGAGCAACCCGAGAGUUUUUCCCCGGAGAAGGAAGAGCGACCGACAGCUGGCAUAGUUACACUUCCGCCGACCAGCAGGAGUCACACAGUUGACAAUUUGGAUCCAGUGUCCAUCUACAACAUCACUGUGAUCACAGUCUCCGACAGGUAUUUUGAGAACACCGACACUUCCUUCAUGCGACCAACAGAAGGAGGAUUGAUGCAAUCAGGAGGAGCCAACUGGAACUGGGAGAUGCCAUCUGAGUUGACUCCGGAGGAACUGCAGUCACCCUGGCUUCCCAAUGUCUCUGUCCAGGCUGAGACAACGAGUAGAGGGGAUGGUAUGUCUCUGGUUGUGACAGACAGACAGCCACACAGCAUUCGAGUCAAGUGGUCAACCUCUGCUUCAUCCUACCAACUCAUCAGUUGGAGGAAUGUUCUAGAACAAUCCCAAGGCCACACAUUACCAGGAGGAGGAGGAGCAGCAAUGAAGAAGAGGCUGAAGGCAGACACUAGACACUAUUGCAUUGAGGGCCUCGUGCCUGGAAGGGUGUACGAAGUGACCUUGAAAGUGUUCCCAGACAGUGGCGAAGAUACCAACUCGGCUUAUGAAACGGACGCUGAUUCUUCCGACCGUCUCCUGUGCCCUCCCCUCCUCUGCCGCACUCCGGAUCCGGUGGAGGCGCCGAUUGUCUGUGUGCAGAGCUAUACCAGUUCACAGCUGUGUGUCGCCUGGGACAAGCCAACUCUGUUCUCCUCCGAGAGCCAAUCACAGCACGAGUUGCUCGGCUACACAGUCUUGGCCAAUGGGAAGUUGUUCACGAAGCUGCCCCCCUCAGCCCAGACUUGCUUCCUGGCCAAGUGUAGACCUGGGAAGAGAUACACUGUGUGUGUAACUGCACUCACGAAACCAACCAUCAAGAGGAAGCUCAGAUUCCAGAACGAAGACAUCUCUGAAGCAGAACAGUUGCAGUUGGACGCCGAGGAUGAGUCCACUUCGGAUCCCAUUUCGCUGGUGCUUCCCGAGAAACGAGUGGGUAACAUACACAAAGUGUCCUGUUCCUUCGUGCACGACUUCACUCUCGGCCCCACCCAUCUGGGCUUCCUGAGACUGGAAUGGUCCCACUUCCACACUAGUGAACGGAAGUCGGCCGAAGCCUUGGGAAUUAGUUCACACGAGGUGGUGUGGCGGGAGUACAUGUUGCCCCGAGAGGAUGCCAGGUGGGAGGGGCAGGUGGAGAAGAGGGCUAAAUUGGGUGGGGAGGAGAGCUCUUAUCUGAUUCCAGUCACAAUUCCAGGAGGCAUAAUUGAAGCGCAAGUAGUCAGCACUGGGCGCACAUCGUCGCGGAGCAGCGAAACAGUCUCUCUCCGGGUUCCGGCAGCCCCCGAUGCCCCCCGGGUCACCCUGAAGAACAUCACCCCUCAUUCUAUCGUGAUCGAGUGGGGGGAGCCGCGGUGUUAUGGACCCAAUUCCAUUGCUGGCUACCAAGUGUUCCUGGACGGGAAAAAGGCGGGAAAUGUGCUGAACAAAAGUUGUUUCAAGGCUCUCAUUCCUUACAAAGCAAACAAAAAAUACGAAGUGCAGGUCGUGGCGCUCAGCUCCAACAGCGAUUUCCGAGACUCCAAACCCUCUGACGUCAUCUUAGUGUCCACCUAUCCGAACGACAUAUCAGCCGACCAACCAGAGAACAGCAACACACCGAACGCUAAUCGCGAUGACGUCAUUAGAUCCAAUGAAUCGGCUGGGGGCAGUGAACUCGGACAGAUCACGAGGAGUGACGAAUGUGGAGUUGACAGUCGUGUCCAUAACCGACUGCUCCAUUUCAGUCGAGAUGAAGCUCCUCGGCAAAGGUCUGAAGGUGUCCGAAUACAGGGUGGAGUGGAACUCUAUAUCCGGCGGGGAGAGCGGAGGGGGGCACUCUGCGACUGAAGCCCAGCCAGACCCAUUUCAGUCUGGAGGGACUCAGGUCUGGCACCAAUCACUUUCUGGCGGGUGGUGGGCGUGAACAGAGCGGGCGAGGGUGUUGCCAGGGGGCAGUUGACGCUGGAGGCGGAGGCGUGUGAAGCGGAGUUCACUGGAUUGGCCAGUGACACCACACAUAGAGUCACUUUACAGCUACGC